UCUCCAAGCGCUGGACGCGGCGGGUGCCGAGAGGGGUUUGCGACGCUCGAGGCAAAGGGUUGCGUGCGCGGUUGUAAUCGUCUCGCUCCUGCCCGUCUUCCCCUCUCCCUCACACACGUUUAACCGCCCUUUCCGGGCUCUCACUCGUUACCCUACUCGCACUUGUCCGACUUUACGCGCUCACCUAUGUUUAUAUUGAUACACAGCCGGAAGCCGGACAGGUGAAUCGUCCUCUUCUCGAUGACGAUGAAACGGGAGUGGAAUUCGAUGACGAUGUCACCGGCAAGGAUGGAUGCAAAACCGCGGAGGAGACAGUUUGCCAGUCAUCGGCCGUACUCGAUUCGGUCAGCCCACCACGUGGAUCGUGGUCUCGUGCUCUCGCUGACACCAUUCACGCUCGUCCUCAUCCUCGCCUUCGCAGGUUCCUCCGGCGCCUCGUACGAAACGCAGGGGCCCAGUUUUGUAACGGAGCCGUCGUCCAGGGUGGAGUUCACCAACGUGAACGGCGGCCGGGUGGAUUGCACAGUACGCGGAAAUCCGCUGCCGACCGUCGACUGGCUGGGGGCGGACGGCGGCAGUAUAACGAGCAUCCUCGGCAUAAGGCAUGUCCUGGGUAACGGUACGAUAUAUUUUCCCGCCUUCGAGGCCGAGGCCUUCCGGCAGGAUGUCCACUGGGCCAUUUACAAGUGCUCGGCCGUCAACAGCGUCGGGGCAGUUGUCAGCAGAGACGUCACUGUCAGAGCAGUGGUAACCCAACGUUACGAUCCGGAAGUGCAGAGUCCUAGCAGUUUCCUCGGCAACAAUGUACUUAUGCGCUGCAACUUGCCCAGUUUUGUUCGCGAUCACGUUACGGUCACGUCUUGGCUCCAAGAACCAGUUUUCAAUAUUUACCCUUCCACAAUGGGCGAUGGCAAAUAUCAUAUGUUGCCGAGCGGCGAGUUGAUGAUAAUCAAUAUUACGCGAAGCGACGCGCAGAUGACUUAUCGAUGCAGAACGCAUCACCGGUUAACUCAGGAAACCGUCGUCAGCAGCAAUGUAGGGCGGCUGCAACUGACUGAAAUUCGAGGCUCCAUGCCGCCUAUAAUAAAUGAGAAGCUAGUGUACAUGUCGGCCCGCCUAAAGGACACCGUCGUCAUCCCUUGUGUGGCUCAUGCUAAUCCUACCCCGACUAACAGAUGGUACUACAACAGGAAUCAGAGGGAGGAACCGAUCGAGGAAUCGUCGGGACAUUACGUAGUGCGCGAUGGCUCCUUGAUCAUUCAGAGUAUCGAGGAGAACGAUGCCGGCUCGUACAUGUGCACUGCCAGCAAUUCCGAAGGCAGCGAGACUUUGGAGAUCAGAUUAACGGUGUCUGCGCCGCUCAGUGUUCACGUGCAGCCGGCGAUACAGACCGUUGAUCUGGGGAAAUCCGCCUAUCUGACGUGCACCGCAAGUGGAUUUCCGCAGGCGGCACUCUAUUGGCUGAAGGACGGUCAGCCAUUGAGGACGGGCGCCCGCGUAAGGACCGUCUCCAGCGAGCGUAUUUCCGUGACGUCGGUUGCGAGAGAGGACCGCGGCAUGUACCAGUGCUUCGUGCGGAACGAGUACGAAAUGGCCCAAGGAAUCGCAGAAUUGCGCUUAGGAGAGAUCGCGCCGCAGCUGGUCUACAGGUUUAUCGAACAGACAAUGCAGCCCGGUCCAUCGGUUUCCCUGAAAUGCAGCGCCGCGGGUAAUCCCACGCCGCAAAUUUCCUGGCUGCUGGAUGGAUUUCCGCUUCCACAAAACGACAAGCUCUUGAUUGGCCAAUACGUGACUGUGUACGGGGAUGUAAUAUCCCACGUUAAUAUCACGAGCGUGAAGCCAGAAGACGGCGGCGAGUACGAAUGCAUCGCCGGCAGCCGCGCCGGCGAGGCGAGGCACUCGGCGAGGCUCAAUAUUUACGGAUUGCCAUACGUCAGACCGAUGUCGCCCGUUUCAGCGGUCGCCGGGAAGCAACUAUAUAUCAAGUGCCCUGUAGCCGGUUAUCCUAUUGAAUCGAUAGUGUGGGAGAAAGGGGACGUAAAACUGCCUACCAAUAUGAGACAAAGAGUCGCCAACGGCACGCUGUUUAUCGAUACUGUACAACGCAGUGCCGAUGAAGGCACGUACACAUGCACUGCCAGAAACAAACAUAAUUUUACAUCGCAUCGCUCGGUUGAAGUACGCGUUUUAGUUCCGCCGCGGAUCUCGCCGUUUUAUUUCGAAAACGGUGUGAUGGAGGGGGAGCGGACACAGCUUAUGUGUGCGACGAGCCAGGGCGACCAGCCGUUCAACAUCACGUGGUUGGUGGACGAGAAACCGAUUCAGGUCAGGGCGAGCGACGGCGGUACAUCGGUGUCGUCGGUCCAGACCGUCGCCACCGUCGAGACCAGCAACGGCAUACAGAUAAGCGACUAUCCGCCGUUUUCCAGCAUCCUGACGAUAAAUAGCGUCAGGGCUAGUCACAGCGGCAACUACACGUGCCAGAUCAGCAACAUCGCUGGCCUGGCCGAGCACUCGACCAGCCUCUCAGUCGCUGUACCACCGAGGUGGACCGUGGAACCUAUCGACCAGAACGCGGUUGUAGGUCACGGCGUCUCCAUCGCCUGUCAGGCCGAAGGAUUCCCCAUUCCGACUGUGACUUGGAAGCAAUCUAUCGGUGAAACUACAGGCGACUACAGGGAGCUCGGAUACGGCGGCACGGAGGGUGCCGGGGUGGCCAGAAACGGAUCCUUGGUGAUCCCGCGGGUAUCGCGAGAUCACGGCGGAUUCUAUCUAUGCCAGGCGAGCAACGGUAUCGGGCCCGGCCUUAGCAAGCUCAUUCGGCUAACGGUUCAUGCGGGCCCGCAGGUGACAGUAAGGACGAGACAGGAAUCGGUGCGAAGAGGGGAGAGCGUAAUAUUGCGCUGCGAGGCUGAGGGGGACGCGCCUCUUGAUCUUAGCUGGCGUGUUCGUGACAGCAAGAUCGAUCCUAAUUACGACGUUAGGUACGCGGUGGACAAUACGGUGGACGCAUCGGGACACGUCACCACCGAGCUGCGGAUCGUCCAGGCGAGCCACAUGGACCGCGGCGACUACGUCUGCGUAGCCGCGAACGCCUACGGUCAGGACAAGGCAACAAUCCACCUGCUGGUGCAGGAGCCGCCAGAUUUCCCACGUAACCUCCACGUGGCCGAGCAGGGUAGCCGGUCGAUUCUGCUGGCCUGGUCCUCGCCUGCGAGCGAUCGCGACGUGAACCACGCCAGUGCACCGAUCACCAACUAUAUCGUGCAAUAUAAGGAGGCGCAAGACGUUUGGCAUGAGCACAACACGCAGAAGCUGGUAGCCGGGGACAACACGGUCGCUCGAGUAUCACCCCUAAAACCCGCGACUACCUACCACUUUCGAGUGCUUGCGGAAAAUCAUCUUGGAACAUCAGCGCCAAGCGACAUCCUUCAUGUGCAAACGGACGGCGAAGUACCCGGUGGACCGCCCAGGCACGUCUCCGUGGAGCCCCUGGGCCCGCAGCAGCUCAAGAUCACGUGGCAACCGCCGGAUCGAUCCCUGUGGAACGGCGAACUACUCGGAUACAUCAUCGGCUACACCAAUCUCGGAAGCGACGAUCAAUUAACGAACACAACGCGGGUUGGAAUCACAGGAAACGGGGAUGGUUCGCACGAUUAUAGAUUAACCGGUCUGCGAAAAUACACCCAAUAUAGCAUAGUGGUAAAGGCGUUCAAUAGCAAAGGAGACGGCCCGGGAUCCGAUCCCGUGACGGCGCACACAUUCGAAGAUGUUCCAAGUGCGCCACCGCAAAAUGUAGCCUGCGCCGCACUGAAUGGUCAGAACAUCCAGGUGACCUGGAAACUACCGCCUUCCAACAAAGUUCACGGGGUCGUGCAGGGAUACAAGGUACUGUACGAGGCAGCGAGCGGCGCCGCCUCGGACUCGCAAGCCGGCAGAGAGACGAAAAUCAGUCAUGCCCUCAGCACGGUCUUGCACGCUCUCAGUCCGUACACCAACUACACGGUGCAGGUGCUCGCCUUCACUAGGGCCGGCGAGGGUGUCGCGAGCAAUCCCGUGUCCUGCACCACCGGGGAAACCGUUCCCGAUGCUCCGGAACGCGUAAAGUGGGUGGUGAGCGGCGAGAACGCCGUCGUGAUAUCUUGGUUGCCACCGCGACGACCGAAUGGGCUGCUCACCCAGUACACCGUUUACAUUCGCAUGUUAGAGCAGGGCCAAGAUAAGAUCAUCAAGAACACCUUGCCCGCCCAGAACCUACAUCACGAGGCAACAGGCUUGAAGCUGCACGAGUCUUACGAAGCGUGGGUCACAGCCUCGACUAAGGUCGGUCAGGGUUCGAGUACGCCGGUUGUCAAAUUUCAGCCUAGCACCAUCGUUCCAGCUGCCAUAAUAUCAUUCGGCGUACCCAUCGUGGUUCCGUGGCGAGUGGACGUUAAUAUGGCUUGCCUCGUCGUCGGCGACCCUCGCCCGAGCGUCGAGUGGCGACGUGCUGACACGAAAUUACAAAAAUCGCACGUUGGACCCGAUAAUAUUUUGAUUCUGAGAAACGUGCAGAGAAGCCACGAGGAUAAUUAUUCGUGUCACGUGAAGAAUUCGCUCGGCACGGACGAAAUUACGUAUACGCUCCAUAUACAGGUACCGCCAACGCCGCCGACUCUGCUGGCGACCGGCACGACGACCGACGCCAUCCAGUUACAAUGGAAGCAGGGCGACAACGGUGGCUCGCCCAUUAAGGGAUUCCUCCUGGCUUAUCGCCGGGAAUUCGCCGAAUGGGAGGAGGUCAUGCUGGACCGCCGUGCGAGCACGCAUCUGCUCGAGGGGUUGCAAUGCGGCACGCGUUACCAGUUCACGCUCGCUGCCUUCAACAGGAUCGGGAGCGGUAGCGCGAGCGACAUACAGACAGCGAAGACGAACGGCUCUAAGCCCGUCCCGCCGCCGAAGUAUCACUUCGUCAAACCGAAUCAGACGUUCGUUAUUCUGGAGUUGGCGGCUUGGCAAGACGGCGGUUGCCCGUUGACCUACUUCGUUGUGGAAUAUAGGAGGCAACCCGGGGAUUGGCUGCUCGUGUCCAAUAAUGUUCCGCCACAAUCGAAAUUUCCCAUUAUGGAUCUAGUGAGUGGCAUCAGCUACGAGCUCCGCGUGACUGCUUACAACAAUGCCGGUUCCACCCAGGCUGAGUAUCUGUUCAGCACGCUGUCACCGAACGGAAACAACCAUUUGCACGAGGAUCGUCCACAGGAGAACGAGACCACUCCGCUCUAUCUCGACGCGCAUGUCUUGGCGCCCAGCGUCAUCUCGGUUCUCGCAGUCAUGCUGGCGAUCGCGGGGGUGUGUUUUUGCCUCAAGACACAUCCAGAGGGAUCCGGAGGUGCGAACGAUCCGAGCUCGCAAACACAGGCAGCUUUGGACAACAAACACAAUAUGGAGCAGAGGGAACAGUACUACGCCACCGUGAGAAAACCGGGACAGCAAUCACCUUGCCGCGAGGUGAGCGCCCUGGAACGAAUACCCGAGUAUUCGGAAGAUAUUUAUCCGUAUGCCACCUUCAAUCUGCCCGAGCAGGAAAAUCUUUCGGCGAAUCCCAUGAGACAAGCGUUCUUCUACGAACGCAGCGAGACGAUGCUGCAAGGUGCCCAAUGCGACGUGGACCAAUACACGAAGGUACGAGGUCGGGCGCGACGCAAAUCAAAAUCGUUUAAAUCGGAAUCGGAGGAAUACGACACGCUGGGUUCGGACAGCGACACGGAGGUUGGCACCAGCAGUCGUACCGAGUCGUCGAAUCAUUUGGACGACUCCGGCCCGACGUCGAUACUGGCCCGUUCGCCGGGACCCAACUCCGUCAAUCAGCAACGGCUCGCCCUGGUGCAGCGACCGGUUCAUCAUAAUGUGCUGUACCACACGCACGAAUCAAGUACAUCAACCGAGCCGUCACCAAUUUCUGAGAGGAAGACCUUCCCGAGGCUCGAAAAGCAAAGGAGUCGCGGCGCGAUAGACGCCGCGAUCGACGGUCGCAUUCCCGGUAUACUGCGACCGGUACUGAAGCUGUCGGAGUCCGGAGUGCAUUCGUACUCGCGAGGAGCGUCGCCGAGUCGUCCGGUGCGUCCUGGUUCCUACGACAGGCUGGAGAAGGAGCCGCCGAACACCAGAAAAUCCGUCGAGUCGCUCUGCCUCCUGGAGGAGCCGGCGGGCACGUUCAGAAUGAUGAGAAGGGACGACGAUUGGGGCAGCGAGCUGUCUACGUUGGAAUUGAAGCCACCGAGCGGCUUCACGGACGUUCACGAGACCAGUGAAGCCGAGUGCGACAUCGACAUGAAGCUGAAAUUACACAGAAAACGAUCGACCGGUCUCCAUUCGAAUAGCUCGCUCUCCAAAUCGCCCAAGGAUUUUACUAUCACCGUCUAAGUGUUUUAAUCAAAUAUGGAAACCAAAAAUAAAGAAAAGAAAAAACCAAAAAACGAAAGAUUCAAUAAGCGAAACAUUGCCAAAGCAUGAAUGUUAUUAAGUCAAGUAAGUUACGAUUUUAUCGCCACACAUUGAGAUUUUCAAUGCGAUCGCCAGACGAGAGCGUCAGCUCUACGAAUUUAGAUCUCUGGAUGUUUGUCUUUUGGAGUGUCUACUGCCAAAGAGUUCGUUUACAAAUAAAGACUUAUUUUUGCAGAAAAAGGAAGAAAGAAAUAUCUGUACACCUUCAUCUAUUCCCGCAUAAUAUUUCAUUUAAAUACACCUACUUGCGAAUCUUCAACAAAAAUAUAUUUAUAUAUCCAUCGAAUAAUCGUCAUUAAUCCUCCGCUAACAUUUCAUGACUUCGGGAGUGUUUUAAAGUUGAUUUACCGUUUAUAUAACAAGAAAACCGUACGCUAAUCGAAGUAAGAAGUGUAUUACUAUAAUCGUGAUUAUCGCACACAAAUUAUAAUUGUUGUUUCGAAAGAGAGGGAGGGAUACCGUUUUUACCUUUACGCAAAAUUCUCACUAAUAAUACAAGAUGCAUAUUUUUUGUUUAAUCGUGACAAUAAUUUUCGCACAUUUUACCAUCUCGUAUGCUUGAGAGACAUUUUAUAAUUAUCUCAUACAAUGAGAAUAUUAUGAAUUAGAAAAAAAAAUCAUUAUUUUUCGUACAAACGUGAAAAUGAUUCUAAUGUUCUAAAAAAUUCCAAAUGUUUCAAUGCAUUAUAUAAAUAUUAUUGCAAUUGUAAGCAUAAUUCUUGUGUUAAACUAACGAAAUGUUUCUAUAAAAUGUAGAUAUUAUCAAUGAGAUUCAUUUUGAUCUAAAGAAACGAAACAAAUAUACAAAACUCAAAAUAAUUGUCAAGAGGUUCGAAUGAAAACAAAAUAAGAAUAAAAUAAGAUGCAGUGAAUAUUUCGCGUGUGUGCUAGCUUAACACUAAUUGGUCAUCGGGUGAUCGCGUCGUACGUCUCUUUCUCAGGAAGCGGCUGAAGUGAGCAGAUCGGCCUGUGGAACUCGCUGGUGAGUGAAACUUGGCUGAUUUGAUCCAGUUGCAGAUUUCUCGCAAACUAUUUAUUAGACGUAUAUGUUCUUAAGCACGGACAAUUCUUCUCGAAUGAAGCGUACAGUUAAAAAAACGAGUAAUACUAUCGCACAUAAUGACUGAUAUCGCAAUCAUUAUAUCCGUUUAAACCUCUCUAAAAUUUCUCUGUGUGUGUGUUCGUUGAGACACGUACUGUACGUCGAGCAAUAGAAAUUGAUGAGAAUCGCAUUUAUAGACCAGCAUUCGCGUCCUUUGUGACUCAUUAAUGCGUGUGUCGUUAGUGCUUAAGGAUUUAUAAUUAAUAACGAGAGCCGCAUCAAUUCCGAAGACGAUUCGCGUGACGUCGUAGGAACAGGAGAAACAGAACUGUUUGAUUUUUUUCAUUCGUGCUUCGCUUUAAAUAUGCCACGCGCUCGUCUCGUCGACGCAAAUCAUCCUUUUCAUCCUCGAUCAAUGGUCAGAAUCGGUUUGUUAAAAAUUUUAUCGAAGGCAGUGCGGUCGCUAUGCUCGGAGAUUAACUCUUUCGCUAUUGGUACAAGACCACAACCUUAUCGAUAAUGAUGUUCCAUUGACUGCAAUUCUGAUACAGAACUGAUAUCUGCAUUAUCUUUGCACACUUUCAGGAAAGUAUAAUAUUAUAGUUUCUUCUCUUUUCCAUUUUACAUAUAAAAACAGAAAUACAUAUCGCUUUAAUAAUUAUAAAUCACUGACUUUUUUCUCGUGAUCACUUUGAUCGCUCAAUUAUUAACUUAUAUAUUUCCAAUAUAUAAUUAUAUAUUUCCAAUAUAUAAUUAUUAACUUAUAUAUUUCUAAUAUAUAGAUAGAAAAUUUGAUUUUCUAAUUAUCGAAUUUCAGAAAAUCUCUCUAUAGAAUUCUGUUUUAAAAUACAUUGGAAAUGUCGUUGAAAUAUAAAUAUUUAAAAUACGUGUCAUCGAAAUAUCUUUCCACGUAGUCCGUAGCGAAAGAGUUAAGGAAAAAGAGAAAAGAAGAAAUGUUCGUAGAUACGUUUGGCAGUCUCGACUGUCAUUUUAUGUAUCGGCUUCGUUUUUCUCAUCGUAUUCGUCGGAUAUUAAUUGGGCAUGGCGCGGAUUCGUGACACCCCGUGUGUCCCUCGAGACUCUCUCGCUAACUUUCUAAUUUCUUUUCGAACCGCUACAGCUUUCGUACGUUAGCCGGUUUCGACGAAAACCGGCGGAUCGUUCGUGAAUUGUUAAUACAUCGUGUGCGAAUAUAUGUAUAAAGAGCUUCUUCUCUCUUUUUUUUUUACAGUUAGUGUAGGCCGUAGUGCGUACGUUCGAACGGGAGUCUCAUGUAUGUGUGCUGCGACGAUUCGCAUUACAAAUAAUUAUAAAGUCGUAGACACACUGCGGCAAGUUAUAUAUAUACGCGAAACAAUUGAACAAAUGCUUGAGUGUGAUUUUUCACAGUUGUCUAUUGAAGUUUCGAGUAGGCAUUCGACAUAUACAUUCUCUAUUAAUACAUCCAUUUCUAUACAUCGCCAGAUCUCAUAUAAGUAACAGAUUCUGAAUGUUGACCGCGCCAACAUGAUUCGCGCUCGAUUCGUUUCCAAUUCUGUUUCACUUAAUAAAAUACAUACAAACAUAUACAUAUAUAUAUGCACAUGUGUACAUAUAUGUAUAUAUAUAUAUAUAUAUAUAAUUAUAUAAAACCAGCUCUCGGACCAUUUCCCUCUCUUCCACACGAAUGCUACAGUUACAUAAUCGCAAGUCUUUAUUAUAUCGUGCGUAUAAAAAAGAAUCUUCGCGACGGAUGCUAUGGACUUUGAUUGCUUUUGUUCAUCCUAUUGAACGAUGUUCGAAAUUAUUCACAAUCAGUAUCGGUGAAACAAUUCUUGUAUAAGAGCUCGCGUUUCAAAGUGAGAUUUUGUGAUAAAAAGAAAAAAUAAGUGUUUUCACCUCUCCUCUCCCAUAUAUCUCUCACAGCACAGCUAUUUUAUAAUCAUCCGGUGGACAAAGGAUGGAAAAUGCAAUCACGCGUUAACAUCUGUCUUUUUCUUCCUGUCUCUCAUUAAUAUCGGAAGGAAAAAAAAAUGAAACGAACAGACCAAGAGAACUAGAUGCGAGCUAAUGGUGUGAAACGGUGUGAAACGAACAAGACAUGUGUGUGUGUGUCAUCUUACAAAUAUUAUGUUGACUAGAGUCUACAUUUUAUCUAUACACACCACCUAUUUUAUCACCGAAUUAUAUACGGGCGACUGUAUCUCUCGACGAUCGCCUUGUCUCUCGACGGCCAUUCAUACUUCAUUAGACGUCUAUUUUGUGUUAUCCGUGUAUAGGUACAUGCAUAUAUAACCGUGUAAUAUCGUAAAAUACAGUAUAUAGAUCGCGUCUCUAUUCGCUUUGCACGACGAGAUAUCGGUCUUGCCGCUAGAUGUACAAAUCAUUCACGGAAUUCGAGCACUAUUCCAUCUAUAUGGCAUUGUCUUUGUGUGUCUCCGUUGAUCUCAAGACCGGGCGAUUCCUCAUCCGCCACGCAUC